AAGAGUUAAUGAUCCAGAGCGUAGUAGUUACAGUAGUUAACUAGAUGUAAAACUAACUAACUAGUUAACUAUGAAACUAUGCACAUGCUGACUAAGCAACCCAGCGCACCAGCCACGUGACGUACUGCCCGGUGCGCCAACUCUCUCGCCGGAACGGAGCUCGGAAGUCCUGGAUAACAGCCAAGGUUGGAUCCUCGACGACCGAGACGACCUCACGCCAGUUUGAGCCCAAUUCCCUCGUCCUCCCAGGGCCAAACUCCGGAACUCUUCCAGGCAUCUCGCGAUUGGGCACCGGUCGAUAAGGACAGAAGAAGGCACGACGAAUAGACACAAUGGGUGCCGGUAGCUCGAAGCAGGAGCCUUCGGCUGGCUCGAAACAUGUUUUCGCCAGCGAGACCCCCGUCCAGUUCUCCUCUAACUUGGUAGAGGCUCUUCAGUCAAGCGCCGAGACCGACUCCUCCCGCGCCAAAUCCCUCGAACUACACAUCCAAGCGCGCGUUGCGCAGGAACUCGAGCGCAUCCGCCAACGUGAACAGCAGACUCUCGCUGAGAUCGAGAAGCGAUUGAACGAAGGCACCCUCUCAUCCGGCAACACGCCCCCCCCUCCAUCAUCCACCUCGGGCUACUCGGUCCCCACGACCUUCGGCCCGUCCAAGUACACGCAAGAGGAGCUCUCCCUGGACACGCCGCUUGUUCCCUUCGCCGGUCGGGAUACGUCUUCUACUACCUUCCCCACCCCUGCCGGGGAGAAUGUCCAGAUCGACCGCGACGCGUCCCGCGAGACGGUCCUGAAGGAGAUCGAGCAGUUGAAGAGCAAGCUUGAGGGACGGAAGAGGCUUGCGGCACUGGAUGAUAAUGUGGACCGCGCCAGAUCGGGCGUUGUGGGCUGCUUGAAGCUGAACGACCGACGGCCGUUGGAUUGCUGGAAGGAAGUCGAGCAGUUCAAGAAGGAAGUGCAGAAGUUGGAGGAGGCGUUCGUGGAGAAGAUUAUUGGUUGAGAGUUGAACUAUUUGAAAGAGAAGAUUCUUGAUCUCCUCCUUCAUCUGCUUUCCCUGCUUCACAUGGGAAGCAGGUGAAAUCUCUUUUUUUUUCAUUAUACUGAACGUCUGUAUCUAAAGUAUGUGGUUUCCGAUUCCUUUUUCCUUACAUGAGGAAAAAAAUUAAGUGGAACAGCAAAACGUUUGGGAUGUGUAAUAGACAAAACAGAAUCUGUACGUUUAUGUUCUUAUUUCUAUCU